UGGAGAACUUCCAGAAGCUGCAGCAAGCUAAGGAGAUUCUUACUAAUGAGGAGAGUCGAGCGCGUUAUGAUUACUGGCGACGAAGCAAAAUUACCGUUCCGUUCCAGCAAUGGGAGGCCCUGAGCAAUUCUGUGAAAGUGGUUGGUGUUGUCUAA